AGAGCCAAGGCAAGCCAAGCUAGAGCCCAGCUGGCUGCUGCGGGAAGGGUGCUCGUUGUCAGUCUGUCUUUGCCAGUCGGACAAGAUGGCCCUCUCCACCGUCGCCCUGGUGCUCCUCGUGAGCGCUAUCGGCGCCAGCACCGCGACCAGCUCAAAUGGCGUCCAGUGGAAGCCCCGCCCGCGCAUGGAGUACGAGUUCGAGCUGAACGGCCGCAGCCUGGCGGGCCUGCCCGCCCUGCAGGGCCAGUACAGCGGCGUGCAGUACGCCGGACGCGUGCGCGUCCAGGGCCUCACCGCCGACACCGCCAUCAUCCGGCUGGAAAAGAUGUCCUGGUCCGCGCUCCACGCCCGCAUGCAGUCGGGCUGGUGGUCCGCGGAGCCCCAGGGCAACGCGACCCUCUCCGGCCACGGCCACAUGGCCUCCAUGCCCAUGCCCCUGUCCGGCUCCUCCGCCGUGGCGCGCUUCCACGACGGCCAGGUGCAGACCGUCCUGGUGAGCCGCGAGGCCCGCGACUGGGAGGUGAACCUGCUCCAGGGCGUGCUCGGCCACAUGCAGAUCCAGGCCGGCAGCAGCGGCAACAGCCUGCACGGCAAGGAGCAGCACAGCGAGCAGGGCGUGUACCGCGUCCUCGAGAACGGCGUCUCCGGCCGCUGCAUGGUGCAGUACGAGGUGUCCCCCACCAACGCCCCCGCCGAGGCGUCCGCCGCCGAGGCCAAGAUGUGCGCCGGCAAGCCCUACGUCCAGAUCACCAAGACCAAGAACUUCACCGACUGCGAGCAGUACGCUGAGCAGAGCCGCGGCCUCCCCCGCUGCUCCCCCGCCGGCAACUCUUGCGCUAGCCUGUGGGCUCGCAACACCCUGACCCAGCUGGUGGGCUGCGGCGCCGGCGCCGACCUGCAGCUGGUGCAGGCCGUCAGCUCCAGCUCCAUGCAGGCCGAGCUGCAGACCCGCGAGGAGUCCCGCGCCGUGGUGCACAGCUCCGUCAACAUGACCCUGGUCCGCGCGCAGCCCGUCCGCGAGCGCCUCGCCACCCCCAAGGACGGCGUCGUCCUCAACGGCCUCGGGUACCGCGUCGGCGGCAAGCAGGUCAACGGCGCCUACGGCCUCGACAGCGACUACAGCGACAGCAGCGAGGAGGGCGACGACUCCGUCGAGGUGAUCCGCCACCCCCAGCAGCAGAACCAGGCCGCCAGCAGCGAGAGCAGCAGCAGCGACUCCGACGACACCAGCGAGUCCGCCAGCGCCGCCCAGAAGCACAAGAAGGCCUCCAGCCACAAGAAGAACUCCAACGACCAGCAGAAUCACAAGUCUCAGAAGCACAAGAACCAGCAGGACUCUUCUUCUUCCGAGGAGGACAACAACAGCGCCAAGCACAACUCCCGCAAGUACAAGAACCAGCAGGACUCUUCUGCCUCUGAUUCUUCUUCUUCUUCCGAGGAGGACAACGCCAGCGCCAAGCACAACUCCCGCAAGCACAAGAACCAGAAGGCUUCUUCUUCUGAGGAGGACAGCAACAGCGACAACAACGCUAAGCACCACUCCCGCAAGCACAAGAACCAGCAGGACUCUUCUGAGGAGAACAGCAACAACUACAAUGCCAAGCACAACUCCCGCAAGCACAAAAGCCAGCAGGAUUCUUCCUCUGAGGAGAACAACAACAGUGACAACAACAGCGACAACAACGCCAAGCAGAACUCCCGCAAGCACAAGAACCAGCAGGCUUCCUCCUCCGAGGAGAGCGCCAAACACAUGAACGGCAGACUCAGCCGCAAACCCCGCAGUGCCAAGUCCAACAACAACAAGCAGGGCAGCGACGAGGCCGCCGUCGAGGACGUGUUCGCCGGCGUGCUGUCCCCCGCCGCCGUGCAGCAGAACGCCACCCUGCGCGCCGCCCUGCAGAAGCGCGUCGCCGAGGAGGUGAACAAGGCCGGCGCCGAGCUGCGCCGCCAGGACGGCCCCGCCCCCCGCACCAUGGAACGCGUGAGCAUGGCCAUCCGCGUGGCCCGCGCCCUGUCCGCCGACCAGCUGCGCGCCGUGCGCGACCAGCUCCACGCCCAGGAGGCCAAGGAGCUCUUCCGUGACAUCCUCGCCAUGUGCGGGUCCACCGCCUGCGUCCAGGAGACCGUCGCCAUGAUCAAGGACCGCAAGAUGUCCGCCGUGGCCGCCCAGAUGGCGCUCGCCUCCCUGGCCGACCGCGUCAGUGUGCCCACCCGCAACAUCCUGAAGCACGUCCAGGACCUGUACCAGAGCAGCAGCGACCAGCAGGUGAAGAUCGCCGCCGCCCUGGCCGUCGGCAACCUGGCCGGGCGCGCCUCCCGCUCCGUGGCCGCCUCCGCCGCCGACUUCCUCGGCGAGCAGCUGGCCGCCGCCAGCCAGGCCAGCAAGGGCAGCAAGGCCGCCCUGCGCGCGCCCCUGGCCGCCGCCCUGGGCAGCACCGGCACCCCCCAGGCCGCCCAGGCCCUCAUCAAGGUCGCCAAGAACGCCAAGAACGCCCCCUACCAGCGCGCCCAGGCCAUCCUCGCCCUGAGGGCUUCCGCCUCCCGCGCCCCCGCCGUGGUUCGCGACGCCCUGCUCGCCCUCUUCCACGACCCCACCGAGCCCGCCCCCGUGCGCAUGGCCGCCGUGUCCCUGCUCGUGUACCUGCGCCCCUCCCUGCCCCUGUGGCAGCGCCUGGCCAUCUCCACCUUCUACGAGCCCAACAUGGCCGUCUGCAGCUACGUCUGGGCCACCAUCCACUCCUUCGCCCAGCUCCAGGACCCCGCCUUCCGCCAGCAGACCCAGUUCGCUCGCCUGGCCCUGCCCCUGACUCGCCGCUCCCCCCAGGGUGCUCACCUCGCCUUCAACGUGGUGGCCGCCUCCGUGGACGCCCACCUCGACCGCAUGGUGCACGAGCAUGUCUCCAUGAUGGCCCCCGCCGACGCCGCCAACGCCUACUACCGCCGCGUCGCCCGCCGCUCCGGUGUCUCCAGCCUGGACCAGGAGGUCGACAUGUGGGGCGCCAACCCCGACGAGCUGCUGCAGGCCGCCAUGGACGCCGUGUUCGGGCGCCAGGACAAGGCCUCCGCCCGGCCCGUGGUGGACAACAAGGCCGUGCCCGCCUUCCACGCCACCAGGACCAUCCACGACAAGCUGAGCAUCGUGCGCCGCCGUCUGCAGGACCCCCAGGGCCACCUGCGCCUCACCCUCAAGCCCUUCGUCAACAACCUGUUCGUGCCCUUCGACAAGGACACCCCCAGCCAGAUCGCCAAGGCUGCCGGAUCCCUGAUGGACAAGCUGCGCUCCGAGACCCGCUUCCACGCCCAGCAGAUGGGCGGCGAGGAGCUCUCCAUGGCCGCCGUCACCGAGAUGGGCUUCCCCGUCAACUUCCGCAUCCAGGCGCCCUGGCUCGUCCGCGCCGAGGGCAGCGCCCAGGUGCACCGCAACCACUCCGCCAACGCCAACAUCACCUGCAUCUACACCUCCGGCCUGUCCGCCCAGCUCUCCGUCCAGCCCUCCUGGACCACCCGCGAGUACCUGGCCGCCGUCAACGGCCACGCUCUCAUCCAGCUGCCCGCCACCGCCGUCAGCGCCCAGAUGAACGCCACCGACGGCCGCGUGUCCGUCCGCGUGGAGCCCGGCCACGACGCCGGCUCCACCGUGCUGGCCCGCAUCGCUACCCAGCCCCUGACCUCCGCCCUGGACCUGAGCCGCGGCGAGCUGGCCACCGAGAGCGGCGCCGCCCACAACGCGAGCCGCGACGCGCCCACCGCCCCCAUGGCCGCCCAGACCGUGGAGCUGUCCCCCUGGGAGGACGUGUCCCUCAGCCUGCGCGCCCCCGUCGACAAGGCCGCCCUGGUGGCCUGGCUGCAAGACUCCCGCACCGUCCUGGGCUUCCCCGUGCUCGGCCGCCCCCUGUCCGCCUCCCGCAUCGAGCUGGUGGCCGCCCGCCCCCGCGCCGUCAACGUCAGCCUCGCCCUCGUGAAGGGAGUGAUGCAGAGCGGCGACCUCCAGGUCGUGUACCCCGCCAGCCUGCGUCCCAGUGACGCCGCCCCCGCUCAGCCCGAGUACCCCAGCACCACCACCGAGUACCCCAGCACCUCCACCACCACCCCCGCCCCCACCACCACCAGCACCACUGAGUACCCCAGCACCACCACCGCCGCUCCAGCCGUCGUCCGCACUCCCCGCGCCUCCAACGGCGCCCACGGCAGUCGCGGCAAGAACGGCUCCCUCUACGAGGACGACGGCGAGGUGGACUUCACCCGCAGCCUCUUCAACGCCACCACCCUGAACCCCUACAGCAACCGCGUCAACGGCAGCAACGAGCUCUACGUGCUGUCCCAGGUGCUCGGCGGCAUGUCCGGCGGUCGCGGUUACGUGGUCGGCGUCAACGUGAGCGCCGAGGCCGCCGCCGACAAGACCGCCAGCAGCUACUCCGCCUUCUGGACCUUCGGCGCCAACCUGGGCGGCCGCCUGGUGCGCACCGGCCUGUUCGGCCGCAGCGACGCCGACAACGCGCAGGUGGCCGCCACCGGCGCCGUGCUCAAGGACGUGCCCGCCCGCGCCGAUCUCCACGCCGCCCUGCGCCAGCUGCCCGCCGUCAUGGUCAAGGCCGAGUACGUGCAGGUCGACGCCAGCGCCGCCAAGAAGGUCGUCACCGCCGUGAUGGAGACCGACCGCAGCGCGGCCCAGAGCCGCCGCCUGCAGCAGGCCGCCCUGGAGCAGUACUGCGUGCCCAAGGACGCCAGCCACGCCAAGAACGCCAGCGUGGCCGUGAGCCGCGCCUGCCGCGAGGUCCUCGGCGCCGCCAACACCCCCGACCAGUUCAACGUGACCCUCAACUACAACAGCGCCGCCGACGAGUCCUGGGGCGGUGCCGUGCACGGCGCCCUGCAGGCCGCCCGCGCCUACCUCUGGAACCAGGGCAACAUCAUGGUGGACACCCUGGCCGCCGGUAACAACAACGAGCUCGGCGGUGGCAUCACCGUCCAGGCCGACGGCACCCUCAACGGCUGGCUGCAGACCCCCCGCACCCUGACCAGGAUGGCCGGCGCCAAGGCCCCCGUCGCCGGCACCCUCAUCCAGGCCGCGCACAAGGAGACCGGUGACUUCUGCGGCGUGAGCGCCACCCGCCUGGUGACCCUGGACGGCGCCAUGGGCGACAUGAAGCUGGGCGACUGCUGGCACGUGCUGGCCAAGGACUGCUCCGGCAAGUCGCGCGUCGCCGUGCUGGCCAAGGCCGACAAGGGCAAGGCCGAGCACAUGGAGGUCGAGAUCAACAUCGACAACUACCAGAUCGCCCGCCUGUUCCCCGACGGCUCCGCCACCCUGAACGGCCAGGCCGUCUUCAACAGCAGCGACAACGCCGGCGCCGCCGUGGCCGUCCGCGACGCCGACGACGUGGACGUGCUGCAGAUGGUGCGCGGCGAGGACGGCGCCGUGAACGUGAAGCUGGCCGACCACGGCAUGAGCCUCGUGUACGGCAACAGCAGCGUCGUCAUCCAGGCCGGCGCCUCCCUGCGCGGACGCCUCUGCGGCAUGUGCGGCAACUUCGACGCCUCCGCCGCUGGCGACAUGCUCAACCCCAAGAACAAGGCCGAGAAGACCGUCCAGGCCUUCGCCGACUCCUACGCCAUCAAGGACGCCCAGUGCAGCAAGGGCCGCCAGUGAGCGAAGCCCCGCCGCGCGCAGCCACGCGCCACGCGCCGAUGAUGUCCACUGCAUUGUCAAUUUAGCUGAUUAAACAGAGCUGACAUCCCGCA